AAAACAUAUUUGAUACUAGACAUACAAAUUCCUUUUUAUUGUUGUCAUUACCAUGACGAGGAAGAAGCUAAACCUAUCUUACAUCACCAAUGAGUCAAUGAGAAAAGCAACAUUCAAUAAGAGAAAGAAAGGGCUUGUGAAAAAAAUCCACGAGCUUUCCGUUCUCUGCGGAAUCGAAGCAUGUGCAGUGAUUUAUAGUCCGUUCAACUCAAACCCUGAAGUCUGGCCAUCGAAUUCAGAAGUUAAAAAUGUAAUGGAAAAUUUUGAGAUGUUGACAAAGUUGGAGCAAGAGAAGAAAAUGGUGAGCCACGAAGGUUUUAUCAGACAAAACAUCUCAAAAACUAUGGAGAGUAACAACAAAAAGAUGAUCGAUAAUGCGGAGAGGACGAUGAAAGAAGCCAUGUUCCAACUUCUUAGUGGAAAAGGGGAGAAGCUUAAUUUGACUGAUAGAAACCGUGAAGAUUUGUGUAAGUACAUUGAUCAAUAUCUUAAAGAACUUUAUCACCACAAAAACAAAACCAUAAAUCAAUCACAUAUUGAACCUGGAGAAUCUUCGGGAGCUACAAAUGCCAUGACACCAACAUCUGUUGUUGAACCUAUUAUCUCUUCAAUCCAGCGACCAAAUCAGGUUAAUAUCUUCUCCAGUAAUUUUCUAUCUAGUGAUGCUGACCAGUAAAGUUAUUCUCUAGUGAUAAAUCCAUUUGGUGUUUAUGAUCAGAAUCCAAAUUUUAAUCAUCUUAGUCAUAAUCAAUAUCAAUAUCAACAACAGUUUGGAUAUCCGAUUUUGGUUCAAGAUGGAAUUUACAAUCCGAGUCAAAUUCAGAAUCAACAUGAGGAAUGGCUGGAUGAUCAUAUGAUGAAUCAUUCUAAGGAAAUAAGUCAUCCUUUGAUGGAUGAUAACAACUUUUACUACCAACAACCCUAGA